GUUCCCGCCAAUUCUCGUGUCAGUCUAGUUCCUUCAUGGAGCCGUUUGAUCCUGCGGAGCUGCCGGAGCUACUCAAGCUAUACUACCGAAGGCUCUUUCCCUACGCCCAGUACUAUCGCUGGCUCAACUAUGGAGGAGUGACAAAGAACUACUUUCAACACCGUGAAUUUUCAUUCACACUGAAGGAUGAUAUUUAUAUUCGCUACCAGUCCUUCAGCAACCAGAGCGAUCUGGAAAAGGAGAUGCAGAAGAUGAAUCCGUAUAAGAUUGAUAUCGGCGCUGUAUAUUCUCACAGACCCAGUCAACACAAUACAGUGAAGCUAGGAGCGUUCCAGGCUCAGGAGAAAGAACUGGUCUUUGACAUUGACAUGACAGACUACGAUGACGUCAGGCGAUGCUGCAGUUCUGCAGACAUAUGUUCCAAGUGCUGGACUCUUAUGACGAUGGCCAUGCGCAUCAUAGACCGAGCACUGAAGGAGGACUUUGGGUUUAAGCACCGCCUCUGGGUGUACUCAGGAAGGAGAGGUGUUCAUUGUUGGGUCUGUGAUGAGUCCGUUAGAAAGCUGUCCUCUGCUGUGCGUUCUGGGAUAGUAGAGUACUUGAGUCUUGUAAAGGGUGGUCAAGAUGUUAAGAAGAAGGUUCACCUAGGUGAAAGACUUCACCCUUUUGUCAGGAGAUCAAUAAACAUAAUUCGGAAAUACUUUGAAGAAUAUGCCUUAGUUGGACAAGAUAUUCUUGAAAAUAAAGAAAACUGGGAGAAGAUUUUAGCCCUUGUUCCUGAGACAAUUCAUGAUGAGCUUCAGAAGGGCUUUCAAAGGCUUCACAGCUCAUCUCAGCGCUGGGAGUAUCUGAAGAAAGUGGUCAACACAUCCCAGAAUAUGAAGAAUGAUAAGUGUGGUCCCUGGCUGGAGUGGGAGAUUAUGCUCCAGUACUGUUUCCCACGCCUGGAUAUCAACGUGAGCAAAGGAAUCAACCAUUUACUGAAGAGCCCGUUUAGCGUUCAUCCUAAAACAGGUCGCAUUUCUGUGCCAAUUGAUUUUCAGAAAGUGGACCAGUUUGAUCCAUUUGCUGUUCCAACCAUAAGCGCCAUCUGCCGAGAAUUGGAUGUGGUUUCCAGUAAUGAAAGGGACAGAGAGGAUCAUGGAGGCGAAUCUGAAAGCAAACCUAGAAUCAGAGGUAAGCAGAUGUGGGUCGUUUAUCCUGAGCCAGCUCAGUGGUAACGCUGUUCCAGCGCUGC